GCGCGCUGCGCGGCCGCGGGCGACCUCCGUGCGCGGCCCCGUGGCGAGCGAGGCUCCCGUGGCCGCGUGCUGGGAGGAGGCCGGAGCCCAGCGGGGAAGAAUGGAGUUGGCGACUGGCUCGCAGAUCCCUAAAGAAGUGGCUGACAUCUUUAACGCCCCCAGUGAUGAUGAAGAGUUUGUCGGUUUCCGAGAUGAUGUUCCCAUGGAAACCCUGUCAUCAGAGGAGAGCUGCUAUAGUUUUGACUCACUGGAGUCAGGGAAGCAGCAGGAUGUGCGUUUCCAGUCCACAACCUUCACAGAAGAGCUAAGGAGAAUUUUUAGAGAGGACAGUGACUCAGAGACGGAAGAUUUUGAAGGAUUUACACAGAGUGAUCUGAAUGUUAACAGUAACGCAGAAGUAAUGCUCGUGGAGUCAGAGCUCAGUGAUGACGGUAAAGCAUCUUUCAUGAGUGAGGAAGAGGAAGAUGAAGAAGAAGAGGCUCCACCUAGAAGCAGCAGGCCGAGAAGAAGCAGUAUUGGUCUUCGGGUAGCCUUUCAGUUCCCCACCAAGAAACCGGCAAAAAAUGCCGGUAAGAACAGUUCUCCUGAGCCGUUGUUUUCUGGCUCGCACAUACAGGACAGUAAGAGUGGAAUUCUUGGAAGAAAGACAAGCUGCAGACAGAGGAAGGAAAGGGAAGAUUCUGCCUCUGAGUCUGAGGACGACUCCAGGGACGAGGGCCAGGAGAGCUCAGAUGCCCUGCUGAAAAGGACCAUGAACAUCGAGGAGAACAAAGCCAUGCUUGCUCAAUUAUUGGCGGAAUUGAACUCAAUGCCAGAUUUCUUCCCGCUCCGAACCCCGAACUCAGCUUCUAAGAAGAAAGCAGUGAGGCGGGCCUUCUCAGAGGGACAGAUCACACGGCGCACCAACCCGGCCCGGAGCGCACGGCCUCCCGAGAAGUUCGCCCUGGAGAACUUCACCGUGUCGGCCGCCAAGUUCGCAGAAGAGUUUUACAGUUUCAGAAGAAGGAAGACAACAAGCGGGGGGAGAUGCCAGGGAUAUCGACGACGUCGCCGUGUAUCUUCUUUUCGGCCAGUGGAGGACAUCACUGAAGAGGACUUGGAGAAUGUGGCCAUAACUGUUCGAGAUAAAAUCUAUGAUAAAGUUCUGGUUCCCGGCUCAGUCUCAUCUGCCCUAAGAGGCUUCUCUGGGCCCAGAACUAAAAGUGCUUACAGGCUGCCAGAGAGUGCCAGUGUUUGUACCAGAGAAACAGCACUGCUCGAUUCUGGGGGAGAGGCAGGGCUGCUUUGUGCACUUGGGAUAUCCGUGUGGCCUCGUGGGCCUCCCCCUCCAAAUCCCAUGUUCACCACCCACCGCCUUCCGCCUCAGGGUAACACUUGCCACCAGUGUCGGCAGAAGACCAUUGACACCAAGACGGUGUGUCGGAACCAGAGCUGCGGCGGGGUGCGAGGACAGUUUUGUGGGCCUUGCCUGCGGAAUCGCUACGGGGAGGACGUGCGAUCGGCGCUGCUGGACCCGGGUUGGGUGUGUCCUCCCUGCCGGGGCAUCUGCAAUUGCAGUUACUGUCGGAAGCGUGAUGGUCGCUGUGCCACAGGCAUCCUCAUUCAUCUGGCCAAGUUUUACGGUUAUAAUAACGUUAAGGAAUAUCUGGAGAGCUUACAAAAGCAGCUGGUAAAAGACAACUAAGAGAAGAACCAGCCAGCUCACCAUGGAGGACUCCGACAAGACAUGCCAUUUGUGCCUAAGAUUUCUUAUGGUUGUGUUUGUAUACAGAAAUUCUUUGUAGAUCUAAAUGCUAUUUUUUUUUAAAGAUUGUUUGUUUAUAUACUUCAAAAGAUUUCUCAGGAAGACGAGAGAGGAAUCGACAUACAUGUAUACGCAGGCCUGUUUAUAGAUUGAAUUGUUAAAAGCAUCUGCAGCUGAUUUAAAAAACAUAGUUUAGAUGGGGGGGGGGUAGAGUUACCCCAGAGAAAACAUUGUGUAAGCAGCUCUUGCCUUUGUUGCCUUGAUCUUUUACCUCCCAAACCAGUCCCUGGAGGCCAGCUUGUGACGGGUUACGUCCCCUUUAAGUUUACCUUAUCACAAGUGACCAUAGUUUAAGCUGCUCUGGGUCAUUGGAAAUUUAUAUUGAAAAUGUUCCCCUAAAUUACAAGGUGCAAUUACCUGUAGAUCUUGAGUUUUAUUUUUGUUAACACUUGAACAAAAAGUGGACUGUCAGUCACAUUCUGGACACUGGAGGGCUGCUGGCCAGGAGGAGCAGCUGCCUGGGGCCAGUGGCUUCUAUAUUUUAAGAGAAUAUAAAGGCUAAUACUUUUUGUUUAUCUACAAGAACUAGGCUCCCGCGUGUAUGGACCGGGAGGAGACUUCCAACCAUAUUGUUUUGGAGGUUCAGUGGAACGUUGAUGAAAAUGUGAUCUAUACUCUUUUUUUGUGUUGCAGGAAGGCUGGGGAGAGCUCAAAAUGAACAUUUUCAGUAGGGUUCCCAUCUUUUUUUCUUCUACAUUUGCUUCUUUUUGUCCCCCUUCUCUACUUUUCAGAGAUGGUGUUUGUUUAAAAACAACGAAUGCUAAGUUAGUUACUUAAAAGGUACAUAAGCUGGACUCUGUUUUAUGCCUCUCAGUAGGAUAAACGACCGUGCGGGAACAAGGACGUCUCCGCGGUGCUCCGGCGGGAGGAAUAGAAGCCCCUCUGCAAGGGCCGUUGUUACGCCUCCAGCAGGAGGGCCACGCCUGCCAGGACCCAUUUGGCCGCCUUUUCUUUGCUCUUCAACCUGAAGGUCCAGACACGGUUGGGGCCCCUCGUUUUGGUUUUGUACACAGGGCACUCGUAGGUGUGUCGGGUUUCCUGUCUGUCCGCGGGUAUGGCUUUUGCAAAGAUGACUGGCAUUGCAGACCUUAACUCCUUGAGGUAGGCGUCCACGAUGGCUCCUGACUGGCUGUCCCAUCUGGCACCUACAGCAUAAACCCAAGGGUUACAACCGUGCUGUAUGUUGGUACUGAGCCUCUGUUUGUUGUAGGCAAUAAACGUUCCGGUUUUGUCACUUCA